AUGGAUGGGGAAUUGGAGCCCAAGCCUGGGGUAGUGGAGGGGAGCACAACCCCAGCCACAGAAGAGGAACCCAUGGACACAGACAUCACUCCCUCCUCAGAGAAAACCACACACCCCACGGGAACCCAGGCUCCCGUCACCACGGUAACAGAGGAAUCCUCCAGGGUUCCGGAGAACAAUGACAAUGAUGAUGAUGUGGUGCUGGUGGAAGAGGCCCCACCUCCCUCAGGGAAACAGCCCCCCACCCCCUCUGCUACUCCCCCUUCCCAAGCUGGCGCACCCGCAUCUUACACCCUCACAGACUGCACUGAGCCCCACCCCUCAGAAAUAGAAACCAUGGCAAUAGUAAACACGACAACCGCCACAGCAGCAACAGCUCCCUUCAAAAAACCCAGUCCACCCGCCACUUCAUCAGCACCAUCCACAGAGCCCAUUGUCAUUGACGAUGAGGAGGAUCCCGGGCACAGAGGCUCUUCCUCACUGGCCACAGCCGGAGGCCCCUCCUCUUCGUACAGCGGAGGUAUUCUGAGCAGCACGGAGCCGGACUCGGAGAUAAAGAUCGGCAACGUCACAACGCUGGGGCCCUCUGCCUUAGCCACGGCAGCUACAGCAGCAGAGCCAGUGGCAGAGAGGGACAUGAACCUGAUGAUCACCAGUGUGACGUCGCUGCAAGGUGGGGUGGGGGUCGUGGGGUCGGGUGUAGCGGAGAAGGGCUUGCAGAUCAGCAGCACCUUCAGUCUGAACCCUGAGGCCCGGAGCUCUAUCAGCACCACCAGGCCCCCGCCCACUUUCAACCCUGGCCGGGUCAGCAACACCUCCACCACUAGCCAGCCUGUACAGAACGGAGACACAGGGACCCACCAGAGGCCUGGUAGUAAACACAAACUCAUAUGGUUUUAACACUAUUGUGCUGAACCAUUCUAUGCUGGCUUACAGCUUCUUUUCACAUUGCACCUGUUACGUUGUUUCUUCAGGUCUGCUAAAGUUUGUUUGUACGUGAUUUUUCUCUCCACAGAUUUGUGGAUCUCCCAGUCGGCCUCGUUCCCACGGAACCAGAAACAGACGGGGGUGGACUCUCCGUCGCCAACCGCCUCUCUGCCCAAACCACCUGGCCCCUCCCCCUCGGGCUCCCAGAACUCCCCUCGCACUGUCAAGGUGACCUGUGCCAAUUGUAAGAAGCCUCUGAAGAAAGGACAGACGGCCUACCAGCGGAAAGGAUCCACACACCUGUUCUGUUCCACCACCUGCCUCUCUGCCUUCUCACACAAACCCACCCCCAAGAAGAGCUGCACCAUGUGCAAAAAGUAAGACGUGUCGCUGUGUGUGUGUGUGUUGAUAUAUCUAAUUUGCUACUUUAUUUCUAAUGUCUGUGUGUGUUAACGUGUGUCUUCCAGGGACAUCACUACAAUGAAGGGCACAAUCGUGGCCCAGGUGGACUCCAGUGAGUCGUUCCAGGAGUUCUGCAGUACAGGCUGUCUGGGAGCCUACGAGAACAAACAGAACCCACCCAAGUCCUCCCUCAAAACCAAGUGCACUGUCUGCGGCAAGCUCACUGAGGUCAGUGCAACACAUUACACCAGGGAUGGGCAACUUUGAUGGGGGUGGGGGCCACAAAAAAUCUGAAUUUAUCAUCAGGGGCCGCAGUUGCUCGCGGGUCUGUUUACCCACAUGUGCGUACCACUCCACCACAUUGCGAGCAAAACAUUUGGGCAGCCCCCCUCUUGACAGCGGAGAUACAUUUUUUACGUUUUAGAGUUAAUUUUGUGCAAUUCUACACAUUUUGCCAUGGGGGGUAGAGAAAAAUGUGCUGUUUUACAGCUAAUUUCCUGCAAUUCUACAAAGUUUUCCAUAGGGUGGAGAGAAAUGUUUGCAGGUUUUAAUAUACAUUUACAUUUACAUUUUAGUCAUUUAGCAGACGCUCUUAUCCAGAGCGACUUACAGUUAGUGAAUACAAUUUUUAUUUUUUGUAUUUUUUAUACUGGCCCCCCGUGGGAAUCGAACCCACAACCCUGGCGUUGCAAACGCCAUGCUCUAUCAACUGAGCUACAUCCCUGCCGGCCAUUCCCUCCCCUACCCUGGACGACGCUGGGCCAAUUGUGCGCCGCCCAUGAGUCUCCCGGUCGCGGCCGGCUGCGACAGAGCCUGGAUUCGAACCAGGAUCUCUAGUGGCACAGUUAGUACUGCGAUGCGGUGCCUUAGACCACUGCGCCACUCAGGAGACGUGAAGAGAAUAUGAUAUCUGAGUGAGACUGACUAACAAAAUGAAUGGGGUCCCCCGGCCGGUAAUUCAACCGUGAUUACUUAGAUUAGGGAUGGGCAAAUUUGAUGGGGGCGGGGGCCACAAAAAAUCUGAACUCAUUAUUAGGGGCUGCAGUGGCUCGCGGCAGGGAUAGCUAACGGAAAAAAAUAAGAAUUGAAAGCCAAUAAAUAAACUUGGCGCCGACAAAUUGUCCGGGAGAACAAGAAAAAAUCCCAUUGCGAAAUAAUGCUUUUUAGCCUAUUCAUUGAUGGAAAUACCAAUAGAUAUACCAAUACAUUUGACUGGUCAUGCUUAUCGGUCUAUAGGUUAAUUUGCAUAAUUUAGUGGAAUUAAAUUGGCAGUAUACAGUAUAUUAAUUAUGUAACUUAUUUAUCACACGCGUUUAGCAUACUGAUACAGAGCCCUUGAGCAGAAAAUCUGUCAGACAGCGCUAGAGCUCCUGCUACAGCAUCUCAAACAGUAAAUGCAUACGCCGCGUUCACGUGCUAGUCGGAACUCGGAAAUGUUGUACUUUCUAACUGGUUGAACGCGGCACGUGUAGAACUACAACCAGUUAGCAAGUCGGAAAUGUCAGUUUCCUAGUUCCGACUAGCACGUGAACGCGGCAAUAGGCAACAGAAUAUGGUGUAGCCUAAACAUAUAUACAAUUAUAUAUAUUGUAAAGUGGUUGUCCCACUGGCUAUCAUAAGGUGAAUGCACCAAUUUGUAAGUUGCUCUGGAUAAGAGCGUCUGCUAAAUGACAAAAAUGUCAAAUAUAAGGUGUCACACACCACUUUGCAAUGAGCUGGAGGCUGAAUGGAUUUAGAAAACGUAUACUUACAGUGGGGGAAAAAAGUAUUUAGUCAGCCACCAAUUGUGCAAGUUCUCCCACUUAAAAAGAUGAGAGAGGCCUGUAAUUUUCAUCAUAGGUACACGUCAACAAUGACAGACAAAAUGAGAAAAAAAAAUCCAGAAAAUCACAUUGUAGGAUUUUUAAUGAAUUUAUUUGCAAAUUAUGGUGGAAAAUAAGUAUUUGGUCAAUAACAAAAGUUUCUCAAUACUUUGUUAUAUACCCAUUGUUGGCAAUGACACAGGUCAAACGUUUUCUGUAAGUCUUCACAAGGUUUUCACACAAUGUUGCUGGUAUUUUGGCCCAUUCCUCCAUGCAGAUCUCCUCUAGAGCAGUGAUGUUUUGGGGCUGUCGCUGGGCAACACGGACUUUCAACUCCCUCCAAAGAUUUUCUAUGGGGUUGAGAUCUGGAGACUGGCUAGGCCACUCCAGGACCUUGAAAUGCUUCUUACGAAGCCACUCCUUCGUUGCCCGGGCGGUGUGUUUGGGAUCAUUGUCAUGCUGAAAGACCCAGCCACGUUUCAUCUUCAAUGCCCUUGCUGAUGGAAGGAGGUUUUCACUCAAAAUCUCACGAUACAUGGCCCCAUUCAUUCUUUCCUUUACACGGAUCAGUCGUCCUGGUCCCUUUGCAGAAAAACAGCCCCAAAGCAUGAUGUUUCCACCCCCAUGCUUCACAGUAGGUAUGGUGUUCUUUGGAUGCAACUCAGCAUUCUUUGUCCUCCAAACACGACGAGUUGAGUUUUUACCAAAAAGUUCUAUUUUGGUUUCAUCUGACCAUAUGACAUUCUCCCAAUCCUCUUCUGGAUCAUCCAAAUGCACUCUAGCAAACUUCAGAUGGGCCUGGACAUUACAUUUACAUUUACGUCAUUUAGCAGACGCUCUUAUCCAGAGCGACUUACAAAUUGGUGCAUUCACCUUAUAGCCAGUGGGAUAACCAUUGGGGUGCCAGAGCAGCGAACAGUUUUGACUGGGCUGAGCGGGAACUGUGCUUCAGCAGAGAUAGGGGAGCCAGCAGGCCAGAGGUGGAUGAACGCAAUGCCCUCGUUUGGGUGUAGGGACUGAUCAGAGCCUGAAGGUACGGAGGUGCCGUUCCCCUCACAGCUCCGUAGGCAAGCACCAUGGUCUUGUAGCAGAUGCGAGCUUCAACUGGAAGCCAGUGUAGUGUGCGGAGGAGCGGGGUGACGUGAAAGAACUUGGGAAGGUUGAACACCAGACGGGCUGCGGCAUUCUGGAUGAGUUGUAGGGGUUCAAUGGCACAGGCAGGGAGCCCAGCCAACAGCGAGUUGCAGUAAUCCAGACGGGAGAUGACAAGUGCCUGGAUUAGGACCUGUGCCGCUUCCUGUGUAAGGCAGGGUCGUACUCUCCGAAUGUUGUAGAGCAUGAACCUACAGGAUUGGGUCACCGCCUUGAUGUUAGCGGAGAACGACAGGGUGUUGUCCAGGGUCACGCCAAGGCUCUUCGCACUCUGGGAGGAGGACACAACGGAGUUGUCAACCGUGAUGGCGAGAUCAUGGAACGGGCAGUCCUUCUCCGGGAGGAAGAGCAGCUCCGUCUUGCCAAGGUUCAGCUUGAGGUGGUGAUCCGUCAUCCAUACUGAUAUGUCUGCCAGACAUGCAGAGAUGCGAUUCACCACCUGGUUAUCAGAAGGGGGAAAGGAGAAGAUUAGUUGUGUGUCGUCUGCGUAGCAAUGAUAGGAGAGGCCAUGUGAGGAUAUGACAGGGCCAAGUAACUUGGUGUAUAGCGAGAAUAGGAGAGGGCCUAGAACUGAGCCCUGGGGGACACCAGUGGUGAGAGCACGUGGUGCGGAGACAGCUUCUCGCCACGCCACUUGGUAGGAGCGACCGGUCAGGUAGGACGCAAUCCAAGAGUGAGCCGCGCCGGAGAUGCCCAGCUCGGAGAGGGUGGAGAGGAGGAUCUGAUGGUUCACAGUAUCAAAGGCAGCAGAUAGGUCUAGAAGGACAAGAGCAGAGGAGAGAGAGUUAGCUUUAGCAGUGCGGAGAGCCUCCGUGACACAGAGAAGAGCAGUCUCAGUUGACCAGUCUUUAAACCUGACUGGUUUGGAUCAAGAAGGUCAUUCUGAGAGAGAUAGCAAGAGAGUUGGCUAAAGACGGCACGCUCAAUAGUUUGAGAGAAAAGAAAGAAGGGAUACUGGUCUGUAGUUGUUGACAUCAGAGGGAUCGAGUGUUGGUUUUUUGAGAAGGGGUGCAACUCUCGCUCUCUUGAAGACGGAAGGGACAUAUCCAGCGGUCAAGGAUGAGUUGAUCAGCGAGGUGAGGUAAGGGAGAAGGUCACCGGAGAUGGUCUGGAGAAGAGAGGAGGGGAUAGGAUCAAGCGGGCAGGUUGUUGGGCGGCCGGCCGUCACAAGUCGCAAGAUUUUAUCUGGAGAGAGAGGGGAGAAAGAAGUCAAAGCAUAGGGUAGGGCAGUGUGAGCAGGACCAGCAGUGUCAUUUGACUUAACAAACGAGGAUCGGAUGUUGUCAACCUUCUUUUCAAAAUGGUUGACGAAGUCAUCCACAGAGAGGGAGGAGGGGGGAGGAGGAUUCAGCAGGGAGGAGAAGGUGGCAAAGAGCUUCCUAGGGUUAGAGGCAGAUGCUUGGAAUUUAGAGUGGUAGAAAGUGGCCUUAGCAGCAGAAACAGAUGAAGAAAAUGUAGAGAGGAGGGAGUGAAAAGAUGACAGGUCCGCAGGGAGUCUAGUUUUCCUCCAUUUCCGCUCGGCUGCCCGGAGCCCUGUUCUGUGAGCUCGCAAUGAGUCAUCAAGCCACGGAGCUGGAGGGGAGGACCGAGCCUGCCGGGAGGAUAGGGGACAUAGAGAGUCAAAGGAUGCAGAAAGGGAGGAGAGGAGGGUUGAGGAGGCAGAAUCAGGAGAUUGGAGGGAGAAGGAUUUAGCAGAGGGAAGAGAUGAUAGGAUGGAAGAGGAGAGAGUAGCGGGAGAGAGAGCGAUGGUUGCGACGGUGCAUUACCAUCUGAGUAGGGGCAGAGUGAGUAGUGUUGGAGGAGAGCGAGAGAGAAAAGGAUACAAAGUAGUGGUCGGAGACAUGGAGGGGAGUUGCAGUGAGAUUAGUAGAAGAACAGCAUCUAGUAAAGAUGAGGUCAAGCGUAUUGCCUGCCUUGUGAGUAGGGGGGGAUGGUGAGAGGGUGAGGUCAAAAGAGGAGAGGAGUGGAAAGAAGGAGGCAGAGAGAAAUGAGUCAAAGGUAGACGUAGGGAGGUUGACGUCCCCCAGAACUCUGUGGGGUGAGCCAUCCUCAGGAAAGGAACUUAUCAAGACAUCAAGCUCAUUGAUGAACUCUCCAAGGGAACCUGGAGGGCGAUAGAUGACAAGGAUAUUAAGCUUAAAUGGGCUAGUGACUGUGACAGCAUGGAAUUCAAAUGAGGAGAUAGACAGAUGGGUCAGGGGAAAAAUAGAGAAUGUCCAUUUGGGAGAGAUGAGGAUUCCUGUGCCACCACCCCGCUGACCAGAUGCUCUCGGGGUAUGCGAGAACACAUGGUCAGACGAGGAGAGAGCAGUAGGAGUAGCAGUGUUUUCAGUGGUAAUCCAUGUUUCCGUCAGCGCCAAGAAGUCGAGGGACUGGAGGGUAGCAUAGGCUGAGAUGAACUCUGCCUUGUUGGCAGCAGAACGGCAGUUCCAGAGGCUGCCCGAGACCUGGAACUCCACGUGGGUGGUGCGUGCAGGGACCACCAGGUUAGAGAGGUAGCAGCCACGUGGUGUGAGGCGUUUGUAUAGCCUGUGCGGAGAGGAGAGAACAGGGAUAGACAGAGGCAUAGUUGACAGGCUGCAGAAAAUGGCUACAAUAAUGCAAAGGAGAUCGGAAUGAAAUGAACUAAACAUCUGGGAAAGGAGAGAGCGGGGCCUCCCUCACCACAACACCCAAAUAUAGCUCUCCCAACUUCCACCUCAGAAACUAUAAUUGUUGUAAACUACAGCGGUUCAAUGUUUUCUAGGAAUAGACUAACUUAGUUUAUUCAGCUAGCUAACUAGGUACAGUAUUCUUCUGUGAAAAUUGUCCAGGGCACCUAGUCAUAAGACGCCACAGCCAGCUAGCAUGCCGGACUCCAACAACACGGUUUAGCACCAAUACUCGGCCACAACAAACCACCAGUGUGUCAACACGUUCGUGUCCGUGUCUAACGUUGUGGGUUAGUCCCGACAGCUUGAGCGACUCCGUCGUCAACUUAUUCAGCCAGUUAGUUAGCUAGAAUAGUUAGCAUACUAGCUAGCCAUUGCUUUCAGACAAAGAAGAAACCCCUCCUUUCACGGCACGAACACACAGAGAGAGCCAAACUAACGUUAACUAGUCACCCAUGUCCCGAAUUCCUUGAACGACUCUAGCUACCAAUAUGUAAAAAUAAAACAAAUGUAGGUUAUGACUUACCCCUAGCAGCUACUGUUAGCUAGCCAAGUGCAAAGCUAGCCACUGAAUUGACUCAGCCUGUUCGCGUCUGUUCGCUAGGUCGUUCCAGCUAUUGUUUACUAGUUGCUAUCCAGGUAGCAACAAGCUAGCUAAAGUUCAAGCACAGUAGCCACUUACUACCUAACGUUAACAGUUCAGACAAUGAGGUUAGAAAACAGCUGAAUGGUAGGCAAUUAUUGUAUGUAAUUAUUGUAGGCAGCCAGCUGGCGUAAUUACAGGCACUCUCAGGCGUGAAACAACUAUACCGUUGCUAAUAGUUGCCAGUAGCUACCCGCUAGGUAGUGGGUUAGCCAGCUAGCUUCGUGCUUCACCGGGCUCAGCCGAAUACAAUACUAACCUACAAUAAUUACAUACAACAACCCACGAUAACUACCUACAAUACCUAACUACAAUACCUAACUACAAUCUAAAUACAUAGUUUAAGCCUUACUCGACAAAGCCCAAACUAUGUAUAAAGCCAAGCUUACCCGACGACCCGACGACCUCACCCGUGCUCCACACUCCCUAACAUGUACUGGCUUAAGCAGGGGGACAUGUCUGGCACUGCAGGAUUUGAGUCCCUGGCGGCGUAGUGUGUUACUGAUGGUAGGCUUUGUUACUUUGGUCCCAGCUCUCUGCAGGUCAUUCACUAGGUCCCCCCGUGUGGUUCUGGAAUUUUUGCUCACCGUUCUUGUGAUCAUUUUGACCCCACAGGGUGAGAUCUUGCGUGGAGCCCCAGAUCGAGGGAGAUUAUCAGUGGUCUUGUAUGUCUUCCAUUUCCUAAUAAUUGCUCCCACAGUUGAUUUCUUCAAACCAAGCUGCUUACCUAUUGCAGAUUCAGUCUUCCCAGCCUGGUGCAGGUCUACAAUUUUGUUUCUGGUGUCCUUUGACAGCUCUUUGGUCUUGGCCAUAGUGGAGUUUGGAGUGUGACUGUUUGAGGUUGUGGACAGGUGUCUUUUUAUACUGAUAACAAGUUCAACCAGGUGCCAUUAAUACAGGUAACGAGUGGAGGACAGAGGAGCCUCUUAAAGAAGAAGUUACAGGUCUGUGAGAGCCAGAAAUCUUGCUUGUUUGUAGGUCACCAAAUACUUAUUUUCCACCAUAAUUUGCAAAUAAAUUCAUUAAAAAUCCUACAAUGUGAUUUUCUGGAAAAAAAAUUCUCAAUUUGUCUGUCAUAGUUGACGUGUACCUAUGAUGAAAAUUACAGGCCUCUCUCAUCUUUUUAAGUGGGAGAACUUGCACAAUUGGUGGCUGACUAAAUUAUUUUUUCCCCCACUGUAAUUGUUUGAAACCUGAAUGUUAUAAUACAUAUUAUGAGGCAUGUCUUACCGUGCUUCAAAGUAGCCUAACCAAAAUCAGACCACAUCCUUGGAGGCAAUUAUUUUAUAUCAAUUUCCUUUCAUUGUCCAGUAGCCAAAGGCACAAUCCUAGUCAUAUUAGCAACCAAUGCUAGUUGUUGCAUAUUAGAUCUCCCCUAUUUCUAAAUUUCGAAUGGAUAUUUUCAUCUGUCAAAUAAAACCGCUCGCAUGUGCAGUGCCCUUUUGAAGGUGAGCAUUUGCCCACUGAAGUCGGUUACGACGCCGAACUGCAGUCAGGUCAAGACCCUGGUGAGGACGACGAGCAUGCAGAUGAGCUUCCCUGAGACGGUUUCCGACAGUUUGUGCAGAAAUUAAUCAGUUGUGCAAACCCACAGUUUCAUCAGCUGUCCGGGUGGCUGGUCUCAGACGAUCCCGCAGGUGAAGAAGCCGGAUGUGGAGGUUCUGGUCUGGUUACAUGUGGUCAGCAUUUAUGAGGCCGGUUGGACGUACUGCCAAAUCCUCUAAAAAAAAGUUGGUGGCGGCUUAUGGUUGAGAAAUUAACAUUCAAUUCUCUGCCAACAGCUCUGGUGGACAUUCCUGCAGCAUGCCAAUUGCACGCUCCCUCAAAACUUGAGAUCUGUGACGUGUUGUGUGACAAAACAUUUUAGUGCCCUUUUAUUGUCCCCUGCACAAGGUGCACCUGUGUAAUGAGCAUUCAGUUUAAUCAGCUUCUUGAUAUGCCAAACCUGUCAGGUGGAUGGAUUAUCUUGGCAAAGGAGAAAUGCUCACUAACAGGGAUGUAAACAUAUUUGUGCACCACAUUUUAGAAAAAAAUAGCUUUUAAAGCGCAUGGAACAUUUCUGGGAUCUUUUAUUUCAGCUCAUGAAACAUGCGACCAACACUUUACAUGUUGCUAUUUUGGUUAAUGGCCUUGGUGCCCUAGCAGAUGGCCUUGGUGCCCUGGCAGAUUGGACACCUCUUGAAGGCCAAAUGGCCUUGCCCCUAAAAUCACGAAAUUCCAGGCCUGCCCCUAAGUGAAAUGUUGUUUCUCAACCGAUACCCCUCCCGUAUCUUUACAGACAGAUGAACUAGCCAAUAGUGGGUUACAGUACACAGCGCUUCACACUGUUUGAGUGGAAGAGAGAUGCGUGCUGGCAGCUGAAAAUAUUUUUUUCUGAUCAAGGAUAAAUAAAUAAAUAAAUACUAGUGUCAUAAUCGUAUUCGGAAAAUUCUCCAUAUCCGUUACGAUACCUUUUUACGAUACUCGUUUUGUCUGGGUACUCGGCACACCCCUAAGAAAAACUACUGAUGCACAACCGAAUGUCGAAAUUGCACCUUGUGUAUUCUACUAUUCUAACUCUCAACAUUAAGUUGAGACACUGACUGAGUUCCUAAAAAUUGAAAAUACACUUUUUUUUUCUUUUUUUGUAGGGGGGAAAUUGAUCCGCCGGCCUAAAAAAGGGGGGCCAUCCCUGUCUUAGAUCAACAGAAGUGGGUAGGGGUCGAUUUGGGACUGAGUAUAUGAGACGCAUUCCACUCGCUCUCCCUCCAACAUGGCUGCCGACGGCACAGUUUCUCAUCCACUGUGUCUGUCCAGGCCUUGAGCCUGGUGUCCAUGGUUACUGCAUGGAAAACAGUUGGCAUCAAAAUGGAGGGUGGUUCCCAUCUGACAAUGGAACGUUUAUAAACAACCACAACAACAUCAGCCAGCCACCAGCUAGAAUCUCACACCGAUCUCACCCCUUGCCAGUGUAUUCAUUCAAUAUGAUUGAAUUUUCACACACAUUAUUAUAAAUCAUUCUUUCUUUCCUCAUAACAGAUCCGCCAUGAGGUGAGCUUCAAAACGGUCACCCAUAAGAUAUGCAGCGAUGCCUGUUUCAACCGUUACCGCAUGGCCAACGGGCUCAUCGUGAACUGCUGUGAGCAGUGUGGUGAAUACCUGCCCAGCCGCGCCACUGCCAACCACUUUCUCAUCAUCGACGGCAAGCAGAAACGCUUCUGCUGCCAGAACUGUAUGCGGGAUUACAAGCAGGUAAGAGCUUGUCAGAACUGUAUGCGGGAUUACAAACAGGUAACAGCCAGUCAGAACAGUAUCAGGGAUUACAAGUAGGUAACAGUCAGUCAGAACUGUAUGCGGGAUUACAUGCAGGUAACAGCCAGUCAUAAGUGUAUCAGGGAUUACAAGCAGGUAACAGACAGUCAGAAGUGUAUCAGGGAUUACAAGCAGGUAACAGCUAGAAUGUAUCAGGGAUUACAAGCAGGUAAAAGACAGUCAGAAGUGUAUCAGGGAUUACAAGCAGGUAACAGCUAGAAUGUAUCAGGGAUUACAAGCAGGUAACAGACAGUAAGAACUAUAUCAGGGAUUACAAGCAGGUAACAGCUAGAAUGUGUCAGGGACUACAAGCACAUAACAGACAGUCAGAAGUGUAUCAGGGAUUACAAGCAGGUAACAGCUAGAAUGUAUCAGGGAUUACAAGCAGGUAAAAGACAGUCAGAAGUGUAUCAGGGAUUACAAGCAGGUAACAGCUAGAAUGUAUCAGGGAUUACAAGCAGGUAACAGACAGUAAGAACUAUAUCAGGGAUUACAAGCAGGUAACAGCUAGAAUGUGUCAGGGACUACAAGCACAUAACAGACAGUCAGAACUUUAUCAGGGAUUACAAGCAGGUUAAAAGCCAGGCUGCACCAACCAGCCUUUCCCUGGUGUUCCCUUACGCAUCCCGCUGAGAGUGUAACAUGAUGAUGACGCAGUGUUAAUUUCGUCAACAAAAAUAGUGACUAAAAUAUUUGUCAAACACCUAUUUUUAAGUGGCAAUUGACAAGACUAUAACUGACUUAAUAAAAAAAUGCUUUUUCAUUUCAGUUUACUCAUUUUGGAGAGAUUGAGAGCUUUUCAGUGAUAAGCACAAUUAAUAUUAGCAGCACAGAUGCGCAACGCAGUUCUGUUCAGCAGUGGGAAGGACGCGUCACACCCAGCAAACACAGCCUACAUCAGCUGGUGAGCUGCGGGGAAGUAAGCGUUGGAGUGUGGGCAGACAGGCACCGCUCCGGCUCCGCCUCCGAUAAUACACAUCGCGUAGGCGACUCUCUUGCUUCACCUAAGCUAACCAGUCACCACCAGCCUUCAAGUUAGCUACCCUUUGCCUGGUUAAGAAGCUGGCCGCAUUUUACAUUCAUAAAGCAUAUCGUGAGCCAAUUUAACAGCAGUGAUCCACUAUAAGGAUAGCCACUCUAGCUCCGCUCUCAUGUCGGUGCUAGCAAACAGGCAAGGUAAUGCUAGGUAUCAACAGCCAAUCCAGUAGUGAGCUUUGAUUACUCAAUAGCAGCACAAUGUCGCGGAGUACGCAACAAAAGUUAAGCUUUUCCCAGCUUUGGUCCCGCCCUGUUCAUGCUCCCUCGCCCAUGCUCGCAUCGCCAAACGGUCCACCCUCCCACUUAGCUUCCCUUCAUUCCCCCCGCCCACUUAGCUUCCCUUCAUUCCCCCCGCCCACUUAGCUUCCCUUCAUUCCCCCCGCCCACUUAGCUUCCCUUCAUUCCCCCCGCCCACUUAGCUUCCCUUCAUUCCCCCCGCCCACUUAGCUUCCCUUCAUUGAAAAUGAAUGGGGCUCCGUUGUUUCAUCACCCCCAACAUGCUAGAUAGAUUUCUGCCGUAAAACUAGGCUACUUGCAGACCGGACCAUUAACCAUUUGUUUAGGCUACACCUUGUUCAGUCAUGUUACCUCAUUAGCUAGCUAUAGCUAUCGACCUGGGGCUCGUUCAGCAGGACGGAACGUUUUGAAACGUUCAGAUAGAAAUAUGCUAUGUAGAACAAACAUGCCUCUCUAAUGUGUGAAUAAGGAAUAACGUCGGCCUAAUUCAUGGAAUUUCUAUCUGCAACGUUCGAGAGCGUUUUUCAACUGAGCGUUUUCCUGGUAACAUUACCAGUAGCCUAAAAGCAAACAUUUGGUGGUACAGGCAGAAGGGAAAAGGGAUAGCAAACGAUUUAUUGACUAUAAUAAUUAAUAAUAAUAAUUUGUCAUUUAGCAGACGCUCUUAUCCAGAGCGACUUACAGGAGCAAUUAGGGUUAAGUGCCUUGCUCAAGGGCACAUCGACAGAUUUUUCACCUAGUCGGCUCGGGGAUUAGAACCAGCGACCUUUCGGUUACUGGCACAACGCUCUUAGCCACUAAGCUACUACACUAUAUCUGACUGGGUAAAUAACUUUUUUAUUUUGAGUUAAUGUGGACCCAGUGACUCAGACAUGACUUCAGCCUAGGGACUCGUGACUGGAACUCGAGCACAGGGGACUUGGGACUCGAUUCGGACUCAAGGUUUAGUGACUCGACUACAUCACCGGGCGAAACAGUCAUUAGCUCCCGUUCUUCUUUUGGACAUCAAUGUGGCUGUGGUGUCUGUGGAACGUUGAUAACAAUGGCAAUGACGCGACCGAGUGAUGGAGGUGCAACCUAUACUACUUUGCCAAUAUUUUUCUGCACACUCUGGUGAUUGUGCUACUCUUUCUCUCUCUUUUGACUAAAAUGUCCCACUGUUUUAGUCAGUUUGACAAUAACUACACUAAAUCAUUAUUCAAAUGAUAAACAUAUGACUUAAGUAUAUUUUUGUGAAAAUGACUAAGACUAGACUAAAUAAAAAAAAUAGUGGCAAAGUUAACACUGCGAUGACGGCCCAAUUCACAAGUUUUGUGUCCCCUUGUGGCAACAGGACACAUUGAUAUUUGUUAACAGUAGUAUCUGUCUUGGAUGUUAUUCAUAAAGUUAUGUCACAUGUCUACAAAUACAGUGCCUUCAGAAAGUAUUCAUACCCCUUGACUUAUUCCACAUGUUGUUGUGUUACAGCCUGAAUACAAAGUGGAUUAAAUAUUUAUUUUUCUCUCACCCCUCUACACACAAUACCCCAUAAUGACAAAGUGAAAACAUGUUUAAUAUUCUUUUCGCAAAUGUAUUGAAGAUGAAAUACAGAAAUAUCUCAUUUACAUAAGUAUUCACACCCCUGAGUCAAUACUUUGUAGAAGCACCUUUGGCAGUGAUUACAGCUGUGAGUCUUGCCACACCUGGAUUGUGCAACAUUUGCCCAUUUAUUAUUUUCAGAAUUCUUCAAGCUCUGUCAAAUUGGUUGUUGAUCAUUGCUAGACAACCAUUUUCAGGUUUUGCCAUAUAGUUUCAAGUAGAUUUAAGAGUCAAUUCUCUAACUCGGCCACUCAGGAACAUUCACUGUAUUAGUGGUAAACAACACCAGUGUAGAUUUUACAUUGUGUUUUAGGUUAUUGUCCUGCUGAAAGGUGAAUUCAUCUCCCAGUGUCUGGUGGAAAGCAGACUAAACCAGAUUUUCCUCUAGGAUUUUGCCUGUGCAGAGCUCCAUUUAGUUUAUUUUUUAUCCUGAAAAACUCUCCAGUCCUUAACAAUUACAAGCAUACCCAUAACAUGAUGCAGCCACCACUAUGCUUGAAAAUAUGGAGAGUGGUACUCAGUAAUGUGUUGUAUUGGAUUUGUAUUCAGGACAAAAAGUGAAUUGCUUUGCCACAUUUAUUUGCAGUAUUACUUUAGUGCGUUGUUGCAAACGAUGUUGUUGAUCCAUCAUCAGUUUUCUCUUAUCACAGCCAUUAAACUCUGUAACUGUUUUAAAGUCACAAUUGCCCUCAUGGUGAAAUCCCUGAGAGGUUUCCUUCCUCUCCAGCAACAGAGUUAGGAAGGACGCCUGCAUCUUUAUACUGACUGGGUGUAUUGAUACACCAUCCAAUGUGUAAUGAAUAACUUCACCAUGCUCAAAGGUAUAUUCAAUGUCAGCUUUUUUUUUUACUCAUCUACCAAUAUGUGCCCUUCUUUGCAAGGCAUUGGAAAAUCUCCCUGGUCUUUGUGGUUGAAUCUGUGUUUGAAAUUCACUGCUCGACUGAGAGACCUUACAGAUAAUUGUAUGUGUUCAAAAAUCAUGUUAAACACUAUUAUUGCACACAGAGUGAGUCCAUGCAACUUAUUAUGUGGCUUGUUAAGUUAAUUAUUACUCCUGAAUGUAUUUAUUAUUGCCAUAACAAAGGGGUUGAAUACUUAGAUUUCAGCUUUUCACUUUUAAUUAAUUUGUAAAAAUUCCCCCCCAAAAUAUGACACUUUGACAUUAUGGGGUAUUGUGUGUAGGCUAGUGACAAACAAAUCUCAAUUUAAUCAAUUUUAAAUUCAGGCUGUAACACAACAAAAUGUGGAAAAAGUCAAGGGGUAUGAAUACUUUCUGAAGGCAAUGUAUUUGUAUUCCCUUAUUCCUCUAGCCCCACUCUAAGAUGACGACGUGUACUGGCUGUAGUGCCAUGGUCAGGUCUAGUGAAGUCACUCACUGUAUCGGGGCCAGCGGCACCAUGGAACCAUACUGCUCCACAGCCUGCAUGAACAAGACCAAGAUUGCCAGCGCCUCUACCACUGUCCUCAGUUAGUAUUUGUUUAUACCUCACCAUCAGUGCAUCACUGUCCUCAAUUUUCACUUUAUUACUUGGAUUAUAGUUUCACUUUCUGAAUUGAACCCCGUCUCACACAUUUACAUUUUAGUAAUUUAGCAAACACUCUUAUCCAGAGCGACUUACAGGAGCAAUUAGGGUUGUGCCUUGCUCAAAUGCACAAUGAUAGAUUUUUCACCUAGUCGGCUCGGGGAUUCGAACCAGCAACUUUUCGGUUGCUGGCCCAACGCUCUUAACAGCAAGGCUACCUGCCACAUAUUAGAGCACUGCCACUCUCACUCUCCAGUGAGCCCACAUCUUACGUCAUUCACACUGACUGAUGGUGUGGUUGCUUUGAUGUGUGGGAUGUGGUAUAUGUGGUAGUCGAAGUUGUAUAAUUUUCUUCUGUGUACAUAUGCAUGGGUGUGUGGGUGCAGGACAGCAAGUACAAUUAUGAAGGUGCUGGGACUUACAGUACCUACAUUUGAUCAUACAUUUACAUUUACGUCAUUUAGCUGACGCUCUUAUCCAGAGCGACUUACAGUUAGUGCAUACAUUAUUAUUUUUCAUACUGGCCCCCCGUGGGAAACGAACCCACAACCCUGGCGUUGCAAACGCCAUGCUCUAUCAACUGAGCUACCUCCCUGCCUGCCAUUCCCUCCCCUACCCUGGACGACGCUGGGCCAAUUGUGCGCUGCCCCAUUGGUCUCCCGGUUGCGGCCGGCUACAGCAGAGCCUGGAUUCGAACCAGGGUCUCUAGUGGCACAGCUAGCACUGCGAUGCAGUGCCUUAGACCACUGCGCCACUCGGGAGUUAAUCAUACUGUGUUUAGGAAGGUUAUGUGUCAAGGGGUGUUUUUGUUCCUUUGCAGACUCGGAGCCCACGUGUCACUUCUGUAACAAGACAUCGUUACCUCAGUACCAGGCCACGCUGCUUGAGGGGAAUGUACUAAACUUCUGCAGCUCAACGUGUGUCACCAAGUUUCAGGUAUGUACUGACUCCUUUCUUUAUUAUUUAAAAUAUCACCUUGUUAACCAGGAAAAAACAUUUGAAUAAGAAUUCUAAAAGCCUACUGACAGUUAGGUUUCAAGUUAGAAAGAACAUGUUUAGUGCAUGCAUUGCAACUAAACAAUUAAAAACUCCCUGACUUUCUGGGUACCUUAUCUAGUUUCCUGCAGCUCAAGGAAAUGUUUAUUUCUCUCUUCAGAAUGCAACCAUUCAAACAGUAACCAAUGGACAGGCUCCCCUGUCUACAAUGAACCACAACAUCCAGCUCAAAUGUAAUUACUGUCGAGGAGCAUUCAGCCUAAAGCCUGAAACCUUGGAGUGGGAGGUAAAUUAACUUUGUGGUCAUGAACUUGGUUUAUAUAAAAUGUAUGCACUCACUAAGGCCGUCAUUGUAAAUAAGAAUUUGUUCUUAACUGACUUGCCUAGUUAAAUAAAGGUAAAAUAUAUAUAUAUUUUUCAACUGUAAGUCGCUCUGGAUAAGAGCGUCUGCUAAAUGACUAAAAUGUAAAUGUAAAAUAUAACACAAAAAUUUAGCAUCAAAGUUAAUUGUACACCUUUCUGUUGAAGCCUGUGAGUGUACAUGCUCCACCUCUCCCUCUGUGUCCAGGAUAAAUAUCAAGUGGUCAAACCUCAAUUAAAUAUGCAGGAGCAUUCAACAUUGUGUGGGUAUCUAUUUUUCCCCGCAGGAUAAAGUGUACCAGUUCUGCAGUAAGAUAUGUUGUGAGGACUACAAGAAGCUGCACUGCAUCGUCACCUUCUGCGAGUACUGCCAGGAGGAGAAGACGCUCCACGAGACGGUCAAGUUUUCCGGGGUCAAGAGGCCUUUCUGCAGCGAAGGUCCGACAAUGCUCUCACUCCCUAAUCUGUGUCCUUGUCAGCUAGUCUGUUUUGAUUGGGAGAGUGAGAGAACCCAGAGUGAAUAAUACUUGUCCUCAUCCCAUAUUUCUCCCUGUUCUUGACAUGUUUUGCCACUAGCUGGGGCACUUUACCCUAGGGCUGGGCGAUAUAUAGAAUGAAUUCGAUUCAUUCUAAUUUUUGUUUUUUUUGCGUGAUAUUCCAAAUGCCUGUAUCGCAAGAAUCAAGUUUUAUUUUAUGUCCGCUUGUUGUCUUUUUGGUCUCGUCUCCUUCGCUCCUUCUGUGCUGUGCACCUUCCCAUUUACACCAGAGAUCUGUAUAUAAUGACGAGAUGCACAUGCUUCCUUCCUAACAAUGGCAGUCGUUGUCCCAAAGGCGGGAAGGCAGGCUACAAGCUUAGGUCCAAAAUAAGCCCAUAGAAACGCAUUGGGCUUAUUUUGGAAAUAUUUUAGCGAGAGUGAAACAUCUCGCUUUGCCUCUUCCUCUAGUUUACACAAACACACCAAGCUCCUCCCCCACACACCAAGCCCUUCCCUCUGCCACUCACAACAACAAAGAUGAGAGAUCACUUCUUCCUCUCUGACAAACGGUUUCAACUCGCUAUUUGCAUUUGACGUUUGGUCCAACAGAAUCGGUCAUAUGGAGACCGAAACACAUUGAGACAUUAUUUUACUGUAAUAGAGGAGAAGUUAACCUUUCUAACGAUACCGUUUUUAUGUCUCAACUAGUCAAAUUACGUGCAGAGCAGACACUACUAAAACGAGAGUUCAAUGAACAUUGAUUCUGGAAAAUGAAUGCUCAGGUUGUCGCGUGGCAUUGUUUGAGAUCUGGGUUACUUUUCUAUAGCUUAAUGCCUGCUAGAAGAAGUUAGUCAUUAUUAGUGAAUGUGCAUAAUGCAUGGUUCUGGUUAAAUUUGUAACAAAAAAUUGCAUUUUAAUAGACGGACUUGAAAGCCAGAUCAGUGAUUAUUGCAAAAAAGCAAGUUGAUCUAUUUUGAUGAAAUAAUUACAUUAUUAGUGGGUCUUAUGGUUGUGGAAGGCUUAUAUUUAGCCUGGGUAUAACUUCACAGGCCCUGAAUUCAUUAGUUUGUUUGAAAUGCAGUAUAUUUGACCUUUAAUUGUACAACAAAGCGUAUUUAGAGAAAACAUUUUUAAAAAGUAGAUAUAUAUCAUGAAUCGCCCAGAAGUUUGAAAAAACUUGCCAUAUCGCCCAGCCCUACUUUACCCACACAACACAUGAGUUGAGCUACAGUUUGUCACUUGACAUCGUGUAACCUCUAAACGUUGUUGUCCCUAUUUCCCCUCAGGUUGUAAGCUGCUGUUCAAGCAGGACUUUGCCAAGCGGCUGGGUCUGAAGUGUGUCACCUGUAACUACUGCACUCAGCUGUGUAAGAGAGGGGUGACCAGGCAGCUGGACGGGGUGUCCAGGGACUUCUGCAGUGAAACCUGCGCCAAGAAGUUCCACGAGUGGUACUACAAGGUCAGAGCGCGUACCUAAAUCAGUCUCACUAUGAAAAAUCAUAUUUCUCAAAAUUGUGCCUCCAGGAGGUGAUUUGAUUUGUGUGUGUUUCCCAUUAUGUCCACCAGGCGGCACGCUGUGACUGCUGUAAGGUGCAAGGGAACCUGACUGAGUCGGUGCAGUGGAGAGCAGAGAUGAAGCACUUCUGUGACCAGCAUUGUCUCCUCCGCUUUUACUGCCAGCAGAACGAACCCAACCUGGCAACGCAGAAGGGCCCAGAGAACACCAGACUUGGUACUAAUUUUUGUGCAUUUAGUCUUUUUUAAAACAAGUGCAUCUGUGUGUUUGACUUACGGAACCAUGUUUUCUAUUGACAGGAUUUGGAAUACAAACUGAGGCAACCAACAUUGCGGUGAGAAAAAAGUACUUCAUGUUUGAACCCUAUAAUCGUUACAGCACAGCUGACUGUUAGGUAAAGAAUAUAAUUCUCCUUCUUUAACAAGUAUCAUCUGUUAUCCUUCCUAUCUACUAGAUGUUGAGUCAGCCGUACACUGGUGGAGGGAUCCUAAAGGAUGUGAAGAAUAAAGCUGUACUCUGCAAGCCUCUCACUAUGACCAAGGCCACCUACUGCAAACCACACAUGCAGAGCAAGCUCCUACAGACAGGUACACACCACAAUAUUACUGUUUGAGAAAUUGUAGUUUGAAAUGUACAGCACAUGACAUCUCCCACGAAGUAGUAUGUCCUUGGUUUGACCUUUGACCUGUGUGUCUGUCUCCAGAUGAGGAUGACGGGGUGAAGAGGGAGUACAUUCCCGUGCCCAUCCCUGUACCCGUGUUCAUCCCAGUCCCCAUGAACCUCUACGCCCAGAUCACACCCAUUCCCAUCACACUACCCAUCCCGGUAAGAAGCCAAUGGAAUAGUCCCAAAAGUGCAAAUCCGGAAUAAUUGUAUGCAGAAGUGUGUCCGAUGAUUAGAACUCCAUUGCUGUUCACAUCCUGAAACUCUGUGAUUGGUAUUUUGUAAAUAUGAGGACAACCAUGGAUAAUGCUCUUGUUAUGAAAAUAACAAGGUGGAGCAGAUAUUUACUCUCAAAUUAGUCUUUCAAGUAUUUAACAUAUGAACAGUCGCUAACCAACCAGUGGUCUCUGUCCGUCCCUCAGGUUCCAGUGCCGGUGUUCCUGCCCAGCACACUGCAGGGUACAGAGCAGAUUGUCCAGACCAUCAACAAGCUGAAGGCCAAAGUCCCCACUGACCCCCAUGAGGCUGACCAGAAGCCAGGUACACACACACACACAGAAAGCCAGGUACUGACUUAAUAUAUGCCAUUUAGCAAACUCUGCGUCUUAGAAUCAUGCGUGAAUACAUUUUGUGUGUGUGUGGUCCCGGGAAUCGAACCGACUACCCUGGCGUUACAAGCACCAUGCUCUACCAGCUGAGCUACACAUCCCCAGUUCCAAAAUUGCAAACUCUGAACCAAAUCAAGCGUGACUCAAAUACUUUUAAGUGUGUCCGAUGAUUAGAACUCUAUUGCUGUUCACAUCCUGAAACUCUGUGAUUGGUAUUUUGUUAUAUGAGGACAUGAAACAAACCAUGGAGCUUCUUUAUCCAUGGCUACCGGUAUGCAUCUUUGUCUACCUGAACGGGAAGCACCUCUCUUCCACAUCACUGCAAGCUGCCACAGAUAAAAGGUUGAUUGUUGUGUGACUGUUUCAGAUGUGAAGGUGAAGAGGGAGCGAGGAGAAGGAGAGGCCAGGUCCAGCAGCUCCAGUAGCAGCAGCUCUGAAUCAGAGGCUGAGGAGGAGAAGUAUGAACCAGAUCUGGACCUGGAGAAAGACUUUCCUCAAGGUACGACUACUGAGCAACAUUUGACCACCCUGACACUGUGAGACACUUUCUAGUCCUGUCCUCUAUUGUGGAAAAUUACACUACCGGUCAAAAGUUUUAGAACACCUACUCAUUCAAGGGUUUUUCUUUAUUUGUACUAUUUUCUACAUUGUAGAAUAAUAGUGAAGACAUCAAAAGUAUGAAAUAACACAUAUGAAAUCAUGUAGUAACCAAAAAAGUGUUAAACAAAAAAUAUAUAUUUUAUAUUUGAGAUUCUUCAAUUAGCCACCCUUUGCCUUGAUAACAGCUUUGCACACUCUUGGCAUUCUCUCAAUCAGCUUCAUGAGGUAGUCACCGGGAAUGCAUUUCAAUUAACAGAUGUGCCUUCUUAAAAGUUAAUUUGUGGAAUUUAUUUCCUUCUUAAUGCGUUUGAGCCAAUCAGUUGUGUUGUGACAAGGUAGUGGUGGUAUACAGAAGAUAGCCCUAUUUGGUAAAAGACCAAGUCCAUAUUAUGGCAAGAACAUCUCAAAUAAUCAAAGAGAAACGACAGUCCAUCAUUACUUUUAAGACAUGAAGGUCAGUCAACCCGGAAAAUGUCAAGAACUUUGAAGGUUUCUUCAAGUGCAGUCGCAAAAACCAUCAAGCGCUGUGAUGAAACUGGCUCUCAUGAGGACCGCCACAGGAAUGGAAGACCCAGAGUUACCUCUGCUGCAGAGGAUAAGUUCAUUAGAGUUACCAGCCUCAGAAAUUGCAACCCAAAUAAAUGCUUCACGGAGUUCAAGUAACAGACACAUCUCAACAUCAACUGUUCAGAGGAGACUGUGUGAAUCAGGCCUUCAUGGUUGAAUUGCAGCAAAGAAACCACUACUAAAGGACACCAAUAAGAAGAAGAGACUUGCUUGGGCCAAGAAACACAAGCAAUGGACAUUAGACCGGUGGAAAUGUGUCCUUUGGUCUGGAUUCCAAAUUUGAGAUUUUUGGUUCCAGCCGCUGUGUCUUUGUGAGACACAGUGUGGGUGAACGGAUGAUCUCCGCAUGUGUAGUUCCCACCGUAAAGCAUGGAGGAGGAGGUGUGAUGGUGUGGGGGUGCUUUGCUGGUGACACUGUCUGUGAUUUAUUUAGAAUUCAAAGCACACUUAACCAGCAUGGCUAACACAGCAUUCUGCAGCGAUACGCCAUCCCAUCUUGUUGCGCUUAGUGGGACUUUAAUUUGUUUUUCAACAGGACAAUGACCCAACAGACCUCCAGGCUGUGUAAGGGCUAUUUUACAAAGAAGGAGAGUUAUGGAGUGCUGCAUCAGAUGACCUGGCCUCCACAAUCCCCUAACCUCAACCAAAUUGAGAUGGUUUGGGAUGAGUCGGACCGCAGAGUGAAGGAAAAGCAGCCAACAAGUGCUCAGCAUAUGUGGGAACUACUUCAAGACUGUUGGAAAAGCAUUCCAGGUGAAGCUGGUUGAGAGAAUGCCAAGAGUGUGCAAAGCUGUCAUCAAGGCAAAGGGUGGCUAUUUGAAGAAUCUCAAAUUUGUUUUAACACUUUUUUGGUUAUAUGAUUCCAUAUGUGUUGUUUCAUAGUUUUGAUGUCUUCACUAUUAUUCUACAAUGUAGAAAAUAGCAACAACAAAAACAAAAAAACUUGAAUGAGUAGGUGUUCUAAAACUUUUGACCGGUAAAUAUUUUAUUUGACUGCUCUCUGUCUCUCAGUACAGUGGAGAGGUGCUACAAAAUAUCACCAGGUCACAUGGGUGUGUUUUUAUAUAUUAUGGAACAAUAUAGUCAUUCGGAUUAAAAUUCCUCAGGGGUUAUUUCUGGACUGCCUGCUUGUCAUACUCCUCACUCCUAUCGGACUAAGGGAUUUAUUUUGGUGUAUUUAUAAUCAGAAGUGCAUUCAGAAGGCCAGGUGUAGAAUUACAUUACCAUACCUAGCUAAUACAUGAAUACACUAAUAAUACAAUAAAGAACCUACAUAAUAUAGGAAUACAAUAAUAAUACAACUAAGAACCUAGCUAACUGAGCCAGUGACCAGCAGCACUGGACUACUUGUUCAUUAGAGAGAAGCUAGUUAUGUAACAACAGCUGUUUGAGGAUUCAAUUCACCCCCACCCUUACGGAUAAGGGCAGUUGCUAAUUCACUCAUUCACCUCCCUCUCCAUCUGUCUGGCUCGCUUUGGCACAGCACAGUUCGGUCCAGAUAAGUUCAGCUCAGUCCGGCUCACUUUAGCUCUGCCUACCUUUGUCCAACUCAGUCUGGUGGGCUUUGACUUGGCUCAUCCCUUACCUGUGUCUGUGUGUCCUGUUGUCGCCCCAGACCCUGUUCCUGCGCUGAAGGGCCUGUAUGUGGAUAUGGGGAUCACCCUACCCCCUCUCCUGGCUGAGGAGAAGGAGGAGGUACCCAGAGCCAGGAGACAGGUACUCUACCCACCCUGACCCCUUUCAUCUAGCUAACCUUUCAUAUAGCUCCGGUUGGAAGCAGAAGUGUGUCCGACGAUUAGAACUCUAUUGCUGUUCACAACCUGCCCAGGGACUGCAGUUGAAAAUGAGCCGGCUGGCUAAAACCGGCACUUUUACUGAAAUGUUGAUUAAUGUGCACUGUCCCUGUAAAAAUAGAAAUAAACUAAAACUCUGUGAUUGGUAUUUUUCAUACGAGGACAUGAAAUAAUAAACCAUGAAUGAUGUUCUUAUGAAGAUAAACAUCUAAGAUGGUGGAGUGGAUAAGAUCUCCCACACGAAGGCUUCUACCGAUACAUUUCCAAUCAUAGGAGCUGUGUGUUUGUUUCAGGGACACAAGAGGCGAGCUGUAGCGGGAGACCCCUCUUCCCCCUCUCCCCCUAUGACAGAUGGCCCCACGGAGGGCCGCUCGCUACCCCUGAGGUCUCGCUACGGGGUCAACGCCUGGAAACGGUGGGCGCUGUCCUCGGCUGACCAAUCAGGCGACGCUAAAGGGAAAGAUGGCCUCAAGCAGGGUGAGUAAGCUCCGCCCACAGCAACUAUUAUCGUACAGCACUUGGAACCACUGGACAUUCUGAAUGAAAGGUGCUAUAUAAUUAAGUUGGUAAGAGAUUGUAAUUAUUUUCCCUCAGAAUCUCCACCGGCCCGGUCAAAGAGUAACCCGCUCUCUCUGAAAGCGUCAGAGCUCAGCCUGGCCCUGUCCCGAUUCGUCCAUGAGGUACGGCGGCCCAACGGAGAGCGCUACGCCCCCGACAGCGUCCUCUACCUCUGCCUGGGCAUCCAGCAGGUCAGUCACCUCCCUGUUUAGUUUCCUCCUCCUCAGUCACCUUCUGUAGCCUGGUUCCAUUUAGCUUUUCAGCCCUUUGCUCCUCCCCCAUCAGACAGUGUUCACAGAUCUGACAAGACUUGUAUAGGUGAAAGCAAUAUGCUGAUGGAGCUUCUGUCGUAAGGCUGAUCCACUACUAUACAGAUCUAUGAACAUCGACUGAAUAGGUGCUAGGGAUCAGAAUGGCUCCAGGCCCCCCUAUAUCUUUCUCUCUGCAGUCAUGAAAGGAGAGGGCUGUUAUAGCCUCAGGCAGCACUAGGUGUUUGUGACGAGAUACAGGGUUGGGACUGGGAGUCAGUCAGACUGGCUGAUGAUGUCAUAGUUCUCAGAGGGCUGCCUUUAUGAUUGAUGGAAGAGGCCUUGGUUCUGACUGAUACAUUUACAGUGUAACCAUGGCGAUGUGGCAUACAGGUUCUCAUUCUCAUAAAUUCUCAUCAAUCAUAAGAGACCCCUCUAUUUCCCACCGCUCUCCUUUCAUAUUUUUUAAGACGUGUCCGAUGAUUAGAACUUUUGCUGUUCACAUCCUGAAACAUGGUGUUGACUAUUUAAAAUAUGAGGACACCAUCUAUAUUCUUCACAAUCUUAUAACCAGGUCUAGGUGUGGCUUCCCACAAGAGUUUCCCCUAGUCCAAUUAUUCUCUACUGGUGACUUAUUACUUGUUUGUUUGUCUGUAGCAUCUGCAGGCCAAAGGCAGGAAAGAUGAACUGUUCAGUGACCCAUGUUACGAGCCGUUUGGAGAGGAGCUCAACAAGGUCCUCAAAGACUGGCAGCCCAGCGUGAUGCCUGAUGGUAAAUAUAUACACUCACACUUUAUCACUGCUCAAUUCACAUGUCGAUCACCUGAAUUAUCUUCAGCAUACACUCCAUCUAUGCUCUUUAAUGGAAGUGUAUGUUUUUAACUGCAACUCCAUAGAAGACCUACCCGCAGUGUCCAAUGAUUAUAACUAUUUUUGCUGUUCACAUUCUGAAAUAAUAGUGAUUGUACUAUAUAUAUGAUAUGAGGACACUGUAGACAUUAUCAAUUUAAAACCACAUUCAUUUGUAGCAGGGUUCAUACUGUGUACCUUUUGUGUGGAUCAGUGUUUGUGUUAAUGUUAUAUCCAGAGGUACUGUAUUGUGAUCAGUGUUGUUAACAGCUGUCUGUCUGUGCCCCCAGGCUCUCGGUGGGGCUGUGUGGAGGAGAAGUGCCUGUGGAGCUGUAAGCUGCUGGGGGAGCAGAGUCCUGCGGCAUUGCUGCGCUCCCUGGUCUAUCUCAACACCAAGUACUUUGGCCUGCGCACCGUGGAGCAGCACCUGUGCCUCUCCUUCAGUAACGUCUACGGGCCCGACCACACAGACCCAACCACACAGGAAACCACUGUCUGCAUCCGAGUCCCCUCCAUCUCCUCACAGGACCACCACUGUGAGCCUGACCACUAAGACACACACACACCACACAAAACACACACACUGUUGUGGUCAAGUGCAUCUUUUUAUCAGCAUUUCUUUAGAUGUGCCUAUUUUUGUGUGCGCCUGUCAUGUUGUUAAUCCUCCCUGUCUGUUUUACUCUGUGAACAGUACAAACAGGGUCCAGGAAGAGGAAACGUAAAGAGGACAGUGACCUGGCCUACGAGCCAGACGACGGCUCAGGAAGCUCCACACACUGUCCAGUCAAGAAGCACGAGUGCAGACUCUACGAGCUCUACCGUUCCAAGUGGUGAGCCACUUUUCUCUUCUAUGACUUCGACUUCCUCAAGUGGUCAAUUUCAACUUCCCUUACUACAUUGUGCUCAUUUAUUUGUUAAUUGUCAGGGACCACUGCACAACAAAUAUGCAGGUUAGGGUUUUUCAUCAUGAAUCUUGUUCUGGAGGCAGGUCUGCAGAGUGGUCACUAGCUGGUACAGACAUAAAGUCAUACAAUCUUAGUUUAAACCUAACCUUAACCACACUGCUAACCCUAAUGCCUAACCCUAACCUUAAAUUAACCUAGACUUAAAUUAAGAUCAAAAAGCUUUUGUUUCUAUGAAUUUUUACAAUAUAGCCAAUUUUGACUUUGCAGCUGUCCCAUCUAGUAGAAAUCGCUCAGUUCUGCCUCCAGGACAAGACUCAUCCCAAUAAAUGUCAACCUGCAUCAAAUGUAUUGGCCCAAAUUUAGCUACAAAGCUAUAAUUUCAUUUGUGGUUAAUGUGGUAAUUCCUCUCUCUGCAGCCCAGGGUUGUUGAGGCAGCGUAUGGAUGUGUUCUAUGUGCAGCCAGAGGCAUCGGGCAGCAGCUGUGACAGUGACAGCUCCCUGUGGUUCUCCUCUACUCCUCUGGACCGCAGCGUCCUGGAGAGCAUCCUCACCCCUCUCCUCCUGGUCAAAGACAUCUACAGAGAGCGCCAUCUAGAAGAGGAGGAGGAGGGAGGCGGGGAAUAG